AUGUCCAACACGAGCAGCACUCUCGACGUCACUACCCUGGAGGGUGGUCGACCUGAGAAGGAGACGGAUGAGAAACCUCAAGAAAGCCCUGAGGGGGGGACCAGAGGGUGGCUGACAGUCGCGGGUUCUUCGGCUGCCCUGUUUGCCACGUUCGGUUGGGUCAACUGCAUUGGGUUGUUCCAAGCCCAGUACGAACAAGUCCAGUUGAAAGAUUACUCAAGUUCUGAUAUUUCCUGGAUCACGUCAAUCGAGUUCUUUUGCAUGCUUUUCUUCUCUCCCGUCGGAGGCAAGAUUUUCGACCAUUACGGACCAAAGGUGCCCAUCUUGAUUGGCUCCAUCAUGCACGUCUUCGGCCUCAUGAUGCUCAGCAUCUCGAGCAAGUACUACCAGAUCCUCCUGAGCCAAUCGAUCUGCUCCGGAGUGGGCUCAUCUCUUGUUUUCUCCCCGGCCUUGACCGCUGCGCAAACCUACUUCGACAAGAAGCGAGGAAUAGCACUCGGACUUGUUGUCGCCGGGUCAUCGGUAGGGGGUGUCAUCUUUCCCCAGAUGGCACAGCACCUUAUUCCAAAGGUGGGAUUUGGCUGGGCCAUCCGCAUCUGCGCCUUUCUCAUCCUGGGUAUGCUUCUUUUGUCCAACCUGACCAUCACCUCAAACCUUAGACACUCGCCCAAGCCCUUUAGCAUAAUGGACUACCUAAAGCCCAUCCGCGAGUUUAACUUUUGUAUCUUGGCUGUAUCGUCCUUCUUUCUCUAUUGGGGCAUGUUUGUGCCGUUCAAUUACAUCGUCACAGAAGCAAUCCAUUACGGAAUGAAGCCGUCUCUAGCCAUAGGAUUGGUAUCAAUCAUGAACGGCGCCAGCUUCUUUGGGAGGACCGUGCCCAACUACGUUGCAGACAAGCUCGGCCGGUUCAACGUCACGGUAGUCAUGCUUCUUCUCUCCGCCACCAUGGUUCUAGGCCUGUGGCUCCCUGGGAGGAGUGACGGCGCCAUCAUUGCAUUUGCCGUGCUGUUCGGCUUCAGCUCUGGCGCAGGCAUCGGGCUCGCACCCGUGCUCAUCGCAGGCAUCUCUCCCAUCGAGGAGCUUGGCUUCCGGGUGGGCACGAUCCUGUCACUGGCUGCCAUCGGCUCCCUGACGAGUCCACCGAUCGCCGGAGCGAUCGUCGCAGACGACGGAGGCAGCUACCGAUUCGCAGCAGUGUUUGGCGGAGUUAAUUUCUUGAUCGCCACGAUGGGGGUCGCGUUACUCCGGGUCAAGUUGGGGGGCUGGAAGCUCACAGCCAAGAUCUGA